AUGCUGUCCGGCAACACGACAAUGAUGAACGAUUACAUAAUGUUUCGGCUGUUGGUCGACGACACCGAUCGACAUAAGCAGAAGCGCUCGUCGCUUCAGCCGCCGACGACGGCGCUUCUCGGCACGUCGCCGAGAGCGAGCUUCAUGCUCCCGCGCGGCUCGAUAGUGAGCACGAACGAGCCCUUCUGCUCGCCGAUGGUCCCGCACGUACCAAUUCGCGAGCGUCUCGCUCGUCGCGGCACAAGUGCCGACAUGUGUGAUGAUGCGAGCGCCUACACAUGCUAUGCUCCAAGACGACGUCGCAUGAGUCUGCUUCAGUCGCUCCGUCAGCAGAAUCGGGCGUUGGCUGACAGCGGUUUGGAUAUGCAUCGGCAACGCACCGAUUCGGAGUCGACCAAUCGAGACACGUGCUCGCCGACGAACAACAACAACACCGCGUCGAAGGGUGGAAGCAAUGGUGGUGGCGGCGGCGCUGGCUGCUCGCCGCCGGUGACGCCGACACGAAAACCGACAAUCUCGUCGCAAAUCAAGCACAAGAUUUUCGGUAGGAAGGACAAACAGAAAGUCUACAACAAUGGCGAAUACUCGCAAUCGUGCGACCCGAUCAAUGGGGUUCGCUCGCGCAAAUCGCCGUCGACAACGAAUGACAGCGGACGAGGUAGUCAGGGUCAUCUCGAAGACAAAAUGGACGCGUUGGCGAUCAAUCAGAGGUGUCAAUGCGGUGGUGAUGAUUGUUGCGAGAUCGAGAGAGACGCGCCGAUUCUUGUCGCGAAAAAGCCGAACGGAUUCCGUCGUCGACGGACGCAUUCGUGCCCCGAUCUCUCCUUGAUGCCAUCGUUGUGUUGCAGUCAGAAGCGAUGUCCGAUCGUCGACAUGGAAUCCGAUGAGGAGACGCACUUCGAGCGCGUCAAACGCGCGUGCUCGCCAAUAUCGGCGGCCGACUGCCUCGUCGAGCGUCGUCUCAAUCGCAAAUUCGUCGAGCAACGCCGUCAACAAGUCGCAAUGAGCAACAUCGACGAGGUCAGCGAUGACGUGGUGAGUCGAAUGUCGGCGAUGUCGAGAAGAAGUGCUCAAACCGAAGAGCUCGCCGAUUUCGAUGACAACGUUUCAUCAAUUGUUCUCGACCAAUUCCUUUCCUCAACACAUCUCAACUUUGACGAAGAUUCGGACUCUCUAACCGGGACCAUUGAAAACGAGGCGAGCGAGUUUGACGAUUCGGCGCCGACUGCAAGUUCGUCGAACACGGCGGCGUCGGUUCAGACCGAUCUGACGCUUCUGAACGUCGAACAGGAGAUUGAGAGCUAUUUGGAGCAUUGCCGAGCCACCAACAACGGAAUUUCCAACGAGGGUUUUCUUGCCAAUCCGAGCUUCGCUUCAAGACCCUCUAUGCUCCUUUAA